UUUUGUGUUUUGUGACACAUUUUAGUAAUAAAAAUGACAACUAGCGUGGCAACUAAUCCAUCAACUCUCCUUCCUCUCGAACUGGUCGACAAAUGCAUUGGGUCACGUAUUCACAUUAUUAUGAAGAAUGAUAAAGAGAUUGUUGGCACACUGCAGGGGUUUGACGACUUUGUCAACAUGCUGCUAGAGGAUGUGACAGAAUAUGAAGUCACACCUGACGGAAGACGCAUCACCAAGCUUGACCAGAUACUGCUCAAUGGCAACAAUAUCACUAUGUUGGUGCCUGGAGGAGACAUGCCUGGAGAAAAUUAAUGUUUUGUUGACAAAACAAGAAAAUUCCAUUAAUGUCUUGUAUGUAAAUAUAAUUUUUUUACUAUUUGA